CGACCGCUAGUAAGCUGGAGCGGGGCUGUGAUCCGGAGGUCCUGUUGCUCUGGGGCUGCAGCAAACCGCCAAGCUGGGCAAGUCGGUCGGUGUCCUGGUGGAGGUUAAGGGGAUGAGCGCCCGGGAGAAGCGGGAGAACGCCAGGUUUAACGGUGAGGCAGAUUUAUGAAGGUGGAAGCCAACGCUUUAAAAAUGAGUAAAUAGCUAUGGUGGCUAAAUGGAAUUGCCUUGUAAAAGAGCAGUCUGCCUUACUAAGGGACAGGCAACGGGGAAGGGCGUUUGCUUUCAUCCUGCAGCGUGUGGGCCUCCCUGUGGCUGGUAGGAGUUGGAAUCUGACAAUUUUUGACACCCACGAUGCGCAUUUUUAGGACCCACCUUAUUUCUGUAAGUUGCUUUAAAAUGUUGUUGUUUUCUUUAAAUAUUCUGAUUUAACUGUAGUAACCCACCCUGGGUCCUUUGGGUGCAGGGAGGAUAAUCAGUAAUAAUAAUAUCUGGAAGGACAGAAGUUUUCCCAGGCAAAUGUUUUAUUUUUGUAGUGAUCACAACCAUUAUUUUUUCCCCUUCCGGCUGCAGAAUUUUUGCUUUUAUUUUUUAACAAGCAGAAAUAACAUAACUAAUAUACACGUUCCAAAUGUGUGUGCCUCUCCUCCUCUAGAGAACUCCAGCGGAUACCUUGGGGCGUGUGGCUGGAUCCUGGUCUGCCUUUCGUUCUUGCUCUUCCUUCUGACCUUCCCUUUGUCUGCAUUUCUCUGCUUUGAGGUAAAGAAGAAGAAGAGAGUUCAUUGGGAAGCAGUCCUGCUUCUGAGAUUUUACGCUGCUAUUAUGGUUGCUAGGGGUUAAAUGGUCCAUUAGGGCAAAUGGGGUACUGCUCCACCGACCUCAGUCUGUCCUCAGCUAGCCCCCACCUGCCUGUCUUCUUCUUUACUGUGGUACCUUGGUUUACAACCAUAAUCUGUUCCGGAGGUCUGGUUGCAAACCAAAACAGGUUGUAACCCAAGGUGCACUUUCGCUAAUGGGGCCUCUCCAAAAAAAUGGGUUGAAAUCCCCCCCCCCCCCCAAAAUGGGUUGUAUUAAAAAAGGGACAUGCACUUCUGGGUUUGACGUGGUUGUUAUCCAAAAUGGUUGCAAACCAAGGUACCACUGUAUUUCUACUGGGGGGGGGGGGUGUCACGGCCUGUCAACUUACUCCUCUUCAAUCUCAGUAUUGCCCUUGCAGAAUUCAAAAGAAGGUAGAAUGGCUCCACCUGUCAUUGGUUCUGGUGCUAUCUGCUGUUGGGCUCCCUGUAUUCUGUCCCGCCAGUCUUAAUGGGCACCAGCCCCCACUGCUUGCAUAUCCCAGCUUCAAGCAUUGCCAAAAGUCACCGUGCUUCAUUAUUCAAACUUCUGGGACAGCUGUUCUACCCUGUAAACAGCAAGCAUGGACAUUGCAAAUACAAUUUGCAUUUAUUAAAUUAUUAUUAUUAUUAUUUUCUUUAUUAACCUUAUUAAUCACUUAUCACUCAAAAGGUCUCAAAGCAACUUACACUGAAGAAAUGUAUAUGCAUAAAUACAUUACACCAUAGAAAAGGGGGGGGCGAUCAUAUAACACAUUAAUGUUUCAUACAACUUAUUAGGGAAACAAAACAAAACAAGACACACACUUAAUAGUAAUAGGGAAAAAAUAGCAGUAUGUAAACAAUAAAAAAAUAUUCCCACUUACUAAUACAUAAAAAUAAAAAGACUAACAGAGCCCUCCAUAGUCCCAAAAUAAUUCACAACACCCCACUGUUUGUUUUAAAAAAUCCCCACUCCACCAAGAAGUGUGAUGUCAAGGGCAGCUGCUGUGUGUCCCUUCCUUUCAGGAGGAAGCAGCAGCAAAAGCAGAGCAGGGGGGUGGUAAAAGUUUUAUGUGCCCUGUGGUUGCCCCGGCUCCUCUUGCUCUCCAGCUACUGGUGGGAAUGCAUAAUCUGAAACGUGUGGGGUGGCAAAAACUCUCUAGGAUAUUAUAUGUGACUCCCCGCUGUCCCUCCAUUUCAGAUUGUCAUGGAAUAUCAGCGAGCUGUCAUCUUUAGACUAGGACACAUCCUAAAAGGUGCAAAAGGCCCAGGUGAGUAUUAUAUUAUGUUCUAGCAUACAACAGGAUUUUGCUGCAAGUUUCUCCUCUCUUUUACCCUUGCCAUUGGCCUACCCACGAUUCCAAGGACCAUCUCAUUCAGGUCAGGUCCACACAAUUAAUUUAAAGCACGUGGCUUCCCCCAAGGAAUCCUGGGAACUGUGGUUUGUUAAAGAUGCUGGGGUUUGCAGCUCUGCAGAGGGUAAACCACAGCUCCCAGGAUUCUUCAGGGUUGGCUGUGCGCUAAUAUAUGGUGUGGUCGUGACAGUUUUCAAUGCAUUUCCCUGUCACUUUACUAACUGGAAAAGAAGUUAGCAGGUUUGUUGAACAAGAGGGACAGAGUGCAUUAAUUCACUAUAAUUGUGCAAACCAACGUCUCCAGUGGUGGUUAUAAUUUCUUUUCCUGCAGGUAUCUAUUUAAUCCUGCCCUGCAUAGACAAUGUUGUCACAGUGGACAUGAGGACUGUGUCAUUUGAUAUAGCCCCCCAGGAAGUAAGUGUUUCUGGUCCUUGACCUCUUUCAUCUCUUUUGAAUACCAGAUAGAAUCAUUGUCUAAUAACUCAUCUGCUUCCAGUUGGUUCCUCCUGACAUGUUCUUAGCAGCUGCUACUAGAAACGUGCUUUGACUCAUUGGUUUAUUUUGUAACUCCUCCUGCUCCUGCUUCUACCCUAGAUUCUUACCAAAGAUUCGGUGACGGUUCUUGUGGACGGUGUGGUUUACUACCGAGUUCAGAACGCCAUCCUCUCUGUGACAAAUGUUGCUUAUGCGGACUCAGCCACUCGGCUCCUGGCUCAGACCACACUGAGGAAUGUUCUUGGGACCAAGAGCCUCUCUCAGAUCCUCUCUGACCGGGAGGAAAUCGCCCACAGCAUGCAGGUAUGACAGCAACAGCUGAGUUGUGGGGUGAUUCACAUCCCCAUUUGGAGUAUGGAAUUGAAAGUCUGUUCUGAGGGGAUAUGACUAACAAAAAAAGCUUUGACUUAUAUGUCGGGACGAGCAGAAAGCAUGUAGAACACGGCAUGUUUUUUAAUUAAUUUCAGAUGCAUGAAAUGCUGGAAUGUGACUGCUUGUUGAUAAACAACAACUGUCUUUGGAUUAUAAGCAUGAUUAUAAGCACUGGUCUAUCUAUAGUGUGAAGGGUAUACGUUACUCGGAGAUGGAACUAUAUAAUCUAACAGUAGCAUUCUGUUGGUGUUUGGAAUUAAAGCACUCAACAGGAGUUGACCUUAAUGAGGCUGAAUGUUGGAAGAUGCAGGGCAGAUAAGAGAAAGGACUUCUUCAUGCACCACAUGGUUAAACUAUGGAGCUUGCUCCCACAGGAAGCAGUGAUGGCCCCCAACUUGGAUGGUUUUGAAAAGGGAUUAGUCAGAUUCAUUGAGGACAAAACUAUAAACGGCUGCUAGCCUUGAUGGCUAUGUUCUACCUCCACUGUCAGCGAUAAUCUCCCUCUGAAUACCAGAUGCUGGGAAUUGCAGGUGGGCAGAGUGCUGUUGUGCUCAUGUCCUGCUUGUGGGCUAAGACAUCUAGUCACUGGCAGAGGAAGAGGGGGGGCAGGGGCAGAGCACCGCCACCAGCACCAUGAUCCCGGUGGGGUGCCAUCACAGCAGCCCCUCCACGCCAUGCCCCUGCAGGCUGUGCACCACGCCCCCUGGACACGCACCAUGCCCCUGCGGGUGGCGUGCCAUGCCCCCAGGACACGUGCCAGCCAUGCUCCCACCUGCUCUCCGACCCCAGUGCCAGAGCAGGAAGCUCCACCACUGCAUCUAGUUGGCCUGGAUGCUGGACAAGAUGGAACACUGGCUGAUGUAGCAGAUUCAUCUUAUGCUCUUGCGGGCCUUUUCAAAGUGCUACUCCAAACAGAGCUUCAGAAGGGGAUUUUGAAGGGCAAAAAGGUCACCUGACAUAACUGUAGUCCAGGAGGAGUGGGGAAAAGAUAGCCAUUUGACCCGUGGGGUUAAUAUAGUUCCCUGUUUUUAUCCCAGCUUCUGUGACUUCCAUUGGACCAGCCUGACCUCUUGCAUAAUAAUAUCUUGAUGGACAAGUGCAUUCCUGCAUAUCUAUAUAUAUUUAAUAAACAGGUCACAUUAGAUGAAGCCACAGAUGACUGGGGCAUAAAGGUGGAGCGGGUAGAGAUCAAAGAUGUGAAGCUGCCCAUCCAACUCCAGAGAGCCAUGGCCGCUGAAGCAGAAGCUACCCGUGAAGCAAGAGCAAAGGUACAGGAGUUCUAUAGAUUUGGUUUAGCUGGUGACUUUCCAGAAAGUUCAUCACCCAGAAGACAGCAAAGGGGCAGUAGGAAGUACAGUAAAGGCCAACAUUGGCAUUGUAGGGCUAUUAACCUGGGUCUAUGACUUUAAAUUAGGGUUGGGGAACUUCAGGCCCUAGGGCCAAAUAUGGCCCUCCAAGUCUCCAUUUCCCACAAGUCUGUUUCCAUACUGGUACAUUUUUUCCUAGUCCCACAGCCAUUAAAGGCACAAGGUGUCAUUUAUUUGUUCCUGUACCUGUACUUUUUGCUGUGAGCAACUCCUGGGAAGAUAAUUAUUCCUUUCAGGUGGGGAAGAUAGAGGAAAUGGCUCCCAUUCCUUCUGAUUGCCUAGCAACAGUGAUUGACUAUAGUGUCCUUAAUCACAGCAGCACCUCCACAUCUGCCUAAUAAGCCUUAGAACAUUGCCUCCACAUUUUUGCUAACUUUCUUUAUAGAUGUCUGACAGACUUAGCUUUCAUUAACGAAAUAAGGUGAGAGUCAUUCAACUGAAUGAGUUCAUUCCUAGCCUGUGGCAUGUAUCUCUAUGACUAGGUCUGACUUACUUAGGAAUGGGUGCAGCUGUUAUAUAAGGCCACCCUGAUGUAAAACUCCAAACUCCUUACCUGGAAUUUCUUCCCUUCUAGGUGAUUGCAGCAGAAGGUGAAAGGAACUCCUCCCUGGCCUUGAAGGAAGCCGCCAUCGUGAUCACAGAGUCUCCUGCAGCCCUCCAGCUUCGCUACCUACAGACUCUGACCACUAUCGCUGCUGAGAAGAACUCUACCAUUAUAUUUCCGCUGCCAUUGGAUAUGCUGCAAUGUCUCAUUGGAACAAAACGUUAACUGGGGAUGUAGAUGCAGGACGAGGGGCUGUUUCUCAGGAGCCCAGAUUUUCUUAAAAGUGCAAUGCAGUGUUGGACAAAGGAACAUUAAUUUAAUUGUUUGUUAACAGAGGGGUUUUUUACAUUUUGUUUUUUCACUU